UGAAGUGUGCAGAGCUCGGCAGAGCCAUGUUGAAAUUGAGAGCCUGUGUCAUCUGUGAUCUGUGUUGACUGUCGAGUAUAAGCGGCACUAAUCUAUUUCCGACGUUUGUGAAAUAACUGAUCAAAAAAUGCCGAGUCAAGAGGUCUCCACAGCAAAAGUAGUGGUUCAUCCACUAGUUUUAUUGAGUGUAGUUGAUCAUUUUAAUCGCAUGGGAAAAAUUGGUAACCAGAAAAGAGUUGUCGGCGUAUUAUUGGGCUGUUGGAGAGCCAAGGGAGUAUUAGACGUGUCCAACAGUUUUGCAGUCCCAUUUGACGAGGAUGACAAGGAUAAAUCAGUGUGGUUCCUCGACCAUGACUACCUGGAAAACAUGUACAGCAUGUUCAAAAAAGUUAAUGCUCGUGAAAAAGUGGUCGGCUGGUAUCAUACAGGACCAAAAUUACAUCAAAACGACGUCGCGAUCAACGAAUUAAUCCGUAGGUAUUGUCCCAACUCAGUACUGGUCAUCAUCGAUGCCAAACCCAAGGACUUAGGUCUUCCCACAGAAGCGUAUCAAGCUGUUGAAGAAGUCCAUGACGAUGGAUCACCAACUUCUAAAACCUUUGAACAUAUUCCGAGUGAAAUCGGAGCAGAGGAAGCUGAAGAAGUUGGAGUCGAACACUUGCUCAGGGAUAUCAAAGAUACCACCGUCGGUACACUCAGUCAAAGAAUAACGAACCAAUUACUUGGAUUAAAAGGACUUCAUGCCCAAAUUCGAGAAAUUAAGGACUACCUUAUCCAGGUUGGCAAUGGAAAACUACCGAUCAAUCAUCAAAUCGUUUAUCAGCUACAGGAUAUCUUCAACUUGUUACCUGACAUGUCACAAAACACGUUUGUCGAUUCACUCUAUGUCAAAACAAAUGAUCAAAUGCUGGUAGUUUACUUAGCAGCUCUUGUCAGGUCAAUCGUAGCACUGCACAAUUUGAUAAACAACAAAUUAACGAAUCGAGAUGCAGAGAAGAAGGAGACUGAUAAGAAAGAGACGAAAAAGGAUGAAAAGAAAGAAGAUGAGAAGAAAGAUGAAAAGGAAAAGGCAAAAGUUAAAUGAUUUAUACAUAAUAAAUGGUGUUGAAUACUGAUAAAUUAUUUCACUGAUGCAAUGAGUAAUUUGAUUUCGUCGCCUAUGUUAUUUUAAACCAAGCCGAACUCAUUUACGACCUAGACGGAAUGACACCACAACUUAAUCUAUUUUCAAUAAUAAUGUUAUUACUUUCCUCGUUACAAUGAAAGUGAUCAAAGUGAGAUGAUGGAAAAUUGUAGUUUCUCGCAGAAAUACGCCUUAAUAUUACAUCGUUAGACUUUGAUGUAUUUAAAACAGCGAUUACGAAAAAGUGUAAACAGAACGUGUUUUUCUUUUGUUUUUCGAAUUAAAUGUACUCGUAUCUAUAUGAGAGUAACUUGAAACUCAAGAUUCUCAAACGUUAUUAAAUUCACGCAGAAGUUUCAAAUUUUACUAAUUGUAGUUUUGUUACUGCUGGUUUGAAAUAAACCUAAAUGUUCAUUAAGCGCUUAGUUCGUGUACAUAUUCCUCCUGACCCGCGAAUUACGUUACUUCAUUAUCGAUUAAUUUAUACACUGAUUCUGAAAACCUCCAAACAUUCUUUUCAACUUUUAGCCGUAUUGUAACAAGAAUAAAUAGAACGAUACCAUCGAUAUAGCCGUACUUUUGUGAUUCACAACCAGUAUACAUGCCCCACGAAAAAGAUCACUUACAGUUUUGCUCUCACAGAACAUGUUUUUACGCUGCAGCGUAAACGGACCUUGACUAACAUUGUAUUUUAUAAUAAACGUAACUUUCUUGACUAA